UAUGUAUUAUACACUAGUAUUGCAUCUUCCAUAAAUUUUUAUAAAUUUUAAUAAAAUAUCAAUCAUAUUCCUUAUUAAUAUGAAAAUUCCGAAAUACCCGUGAAAUACCCGUGAAAUUCCGAGGAAUAAUCGGAAUCGAUGUUCCUUUUUUGACUCUAUAUGAGGGCAUGAUUCAUCGAGCUAUUUAUUCAGCAUCGAAUGGUUUAUUGAAGCGACAAUUUUAUUUUCAAAAUCAAAUGAGUUUUAGUUCAAUGUCGAGACGAAGGUCGUAUAUCGAUUUGGAAGAAAUUCCUACCUUAAAGCAAGCCUAUGAAGAAAGAAGUUUUUCACCGCGUAAUUUAAAAAGGGCGGCAAAUCAUAUCACGAAAUUGAGGAUUGAUGCUAUAGUCAAUGCUGCGAAUGAAACACUCUUGGGAGGUGGAGGAGUUGAUGGAGCAAUUCACAGCGCUGCAGGACCUGGACUGAGAAAAGAGUGUUGGGAUCUUAACGGUUGCGAUACUGGAGAUGCCAAGAUAACUGGCGGUCAUGACUUGCCAUCUAAACGUGAAAAACCUGGCCUACUUCGUAGCGCUUACGUACGAUCUAUGAAUGUCAUGUGUGAAAAUAAUUUAAAAAGUAUAGUGUUUAUGGGUACCCACGUGGUAAGGCUGGACAACUUGCUUUAGACACCAUAAGAAAAUGGUUGGAGGAGAAUUCGGAAUAUUUUGAUAAGCUUGAUAGGAUCAUAUU